UAAAUACCCCACCAAAUUCUCUAAUUGCCAACUAUACCCAACCGUGCUAUCCAUGGGUUCAAUCGAGGGCAUAAACGGUGGAGGUGCCGCCGCUCCCCAGUGCAACAGCGGCGCUCAUCAGAUGGUGACCACCUCGCCGGCGAUGGAAAUCGACGUUCCGUCGGCGGGUUUUAUAGAAAUCGACGAUGCGGCAGUGAAGAAAGCAAAGGCGGGGGGUCUGCCGUUGGAGGUGGGAACGCGCGUGAUGUGUAGAUGGAGGGACCAUAAUCUCCACCCAGUCAAGGUUAUCGAGCGACGAAAGGUUCCUUCUUCUGGAAACAACGACUACGAGUACUACGUUCACUACACAGAAUUUAAUAGAAGGCUCGAUGAAUGGGUUAAACUUGAACAGCUUGACCUUAAAACUGUGGAAACUUGUGUAGAUGAGAAAAUGGAGGACAAGGCAACCAGCUUGAAGAUGACACGCCAUCAGAAAAGGAAGAUUGAUGAGACACAUGUUGAGGGGCAUGAGGAACUGGAUGCUGCCAGUUUGAGGGAACAUGAGGAAUUUACUAAAGUGAAAAACAUUGCAAAGAUAGAGCUUGGAAGAUAUGAGAUAGAUACAUGGUAUUUCUCCCCUUUCCCGCCAGAAUACAAUGACUGUUUCAAGCUCUACUUUUGUGAAUUUUGCCUCAAUUUUAUGAAGCGCAAAGAGCAACUUCAAAGACAUAUGAGAAAAUGUGACCUCAAGCAUCCUCCAGGAGAUGAGAUCUACCGCUGUGGCACGUUAUCCAUGUUUGAAGUUGAUGGCAAGAAGAACAAGGUUUAUGCGCAAAAUUUGUGCUACUUGGCAAAACUAUUUCUCGAUCACAAAACACUUUAUUAUGAUGUUGACUUGUUUCUAUUCUAUAUUCUUUGUGAAUGUGACGAUCGCGGAUGCCACAUGGUUGGAUAUUUCUCUAAGGAAAAACACUCAGAGGAAUCGUACAAUUUGGCUUGCAUUCUCACUCUUCCUCCAUAUCAGAGAAAAGGCUACGGGAAAUUUCUAAUCGCCUUCUCUUAUGAACUUUCAAAGAAGGAGGGUAAAGUCGGUACUCCAGAGCGUCCUCUUUCAGAUCUUGGGCUGUUAAGCUACAGAGGAUACUGGACCAGGGUUCUUUUAGACAUUCUCAAGAAGCACAAAGGGAAUAUCUCAAUUAAAGAGCUAAGUGAUAUGACUGCUAUAAAAGUAGAUGACAUAUUGAGCACUCUUCAGAGCCUGGAGUUGAUACAGUACAGGAAGGGACAGCACGUGAUUUGCGCCGACCCAAAGGUCCUCGACCGCCACCUGAAGGCCGCCGGCCGUGGAGGCUUAGAGGUUGAUGUCAGCAAGUUGAUUUGGAUUCCUUACAAAGAACAGAGUUAACUAUUUCAAUCCAUUGAUCAUGUGGUUCCAAUAUGUACCGAUGCAGACAUAAUUGUAGAGCAUUUGUAAUAUAAAUUUUCGAAGUUUUAGGAUCAUAGUUUUAAUUUCGGCUAGCUUUAAUGUGGCUAAAUUUUCCUUGUAUUAACUAAAAUUUGUUAUGGAGAUGGUAAAUAGUUUGCAUCGU